CAGAAAGAAGAAGCUUGGUAGAGUUAAGAUGGCGGCAUGUGGGUGAAGAGGCUGUGGAUCUAAGCUCGGGAUUUUUCGACAUAAAAGAUUUCUAUGAAUCCUGAUAUUAACAAGGGUUGAGAAAAUAACAUUUCCCACACACUUCACACAUUUGUGUGUGAAUUUAGAUUGAACCCAUGACAUCUAUACACUUCGUGGUUCACCCGUUGCCCGGGACCGAGGAUCAGCUCAAUGACAGGCUCCGCGAAGUCUCAGAGAAACUUAACAAGUAUAACUAUAACAGUCAUCCACACCUCAGUCUGUUGGAGCAGGCCACAUUGAAACAAUGUGUGGUUGGACCAAGUCAUGCUGGCUUCCUAUUAGAGGAUGGACGUGUUUGCAGGAUCAGCUUUGCAGUCCAACCUGACAGACUGGAGCUAAGCAAACCAGAUGGCAAUGAUGGUUCAAAGUUGAGCAGUGGUUCAGGGACAGGAAGGACCCCCAGGCCAGGCAGGACUAGUGACCCGCCCUGGUUCCUGUCUGGUUCUGACACACUGGGCAGACUGGCAGGCAACACCCUUGGGAGUCGCUGGAGCUCCGGAGUCAACGGAGGAGGUGGAGGCGGAGGAGGAGGUGGCGGCAGUGGAGGAGGCGCAGGGGGAGGGAGCGGAGCAGGGGGUGGAGGGGGCGGGGGAGGUGGAGGAGGAGGAGGGAGCGGAGGAGGGGGGGGAGGAGGAGGAGGGGGCGGCUCGUCGGGGCGGUCCUCCACUGCUGCCCGGGACUCGCGCAGACAGACCAGGGUGAUCCGGACCGGGAGGGACAGGGGCUCCGGCCUCCUGGGCAGCCAGCCGCAGCCCGUCAUCCCCGCCUCCGUCAUCCCCGAGGAACUCAUCUCCCAGGCCCAGGUCGUGCUCCAGGGGAAGUCUCGGAGCGUGAUCAUCCGAGAGCUGCAGCGCACCAACCUUGACGUCAACCUCGCCGUCAACAACCUACUGAGCCGCGACGACGAGGAUGGAGAUGACGGAGAUGACACGGCCAGCGAGUCCUACCUGCCUGGAGAAGACCUGAUGUCUCUGCUGGACGCUGACAUCCACUCAGCCCACCCCAGCGUCAUCAUAGACGCCGACGCCAUGUUCUCCGAGGACAUCAGCUACUUCGGCUACCCCUCCUUCCGGCGCUCCUCCCUCUCACGCCUGGGAUCCUCGCGAGUUCUCCUUCUCCCCUUAGAGCGCGACUCUGAGCUGCUGCGCGAGCGCGAGUCCGUCCUGAGGCUGCGCGAGCGGCGCUGGCUGGACGGGGCCUCGUUCGACACCGAGCGAGGCUCCACCAGCCGGGAGGGGGAGCCCAGCCUGGACAAGAAAAGCAUCCCCGUGCAGAGUCCUGUCUCCCUGGGGGAGGACCUGCAGUGGUGGCCUGACAAGGACGGAGUGAAGUUUGUGAGCAUCGGGGCCUUGUUCUCCGAGCUGGUGGCGGUCAGCUCUAAAGGGGAGCUCUACCAGUGGAAGUGGAGCGAACCAGAACCGUACAGAAACGCACAGAACCCCUCUAUCCACCACCCCCGUGUGUCCUUCCUGGCGCUGGCCAAUGAGAAAAUCACCCUGCUGUCGGCCAACAGCAUCAGAGCCACCGUGGCCACGGAAACCAACAAGGUGGCCACCUGGGUGGAUGACACCCUGAUGACGGUGGCCUCCAAGCUGGAGCACAGCGCCCAGACCUUCCCGGAGCUGCAGGGGGAGCGCAUCGUGUCCCUGCACUGCUGCGCCCUCUACAGCUGCGUCCAGCUAGACAGCAGCCUCUACUGGUGGGGUGUCGUGCCUUUCAGUCAGAGGAAGAAGAUGCUGGAGAAGGCUCGAGCCAAAAACAAGAAGCCAAAGUCCAGCGCAGGCAUUUCCUCAAUCCCCAACAUCACAGUGGGCACUCAGGUGUGCCUGAGGAACAACCCCCUGUACCACGCGGGCGCCGUGGCCUUCUCUGUCAACGCGGGCAUCCCCAAGGUGGGCGUCCUGCUGGAGUCGGUCUGGAACAUGAACGACAGCUGCCGAUUCCAGCUGCGCUCCCCCGAGAGCCUCAAGAACAUGGACAAGACCACCAAGACCCAGGAGAUCAAGACGGAGAGCAACAAGCCUGAGCUGGUGAAGACGGAGAUGGGGCCCCCUCCCUCCCCAGCCUCCACCUGCAGUGACACGUCCUCCAUUGCUAGCAGUGCCUCGCUGCCCUACAAGCGGAGGCGCUCCACCCCCGCUCCCAAAGAGGAAGAGAAGGUGAACGAGGAGCAGUGGCCCCUCAAGGAGGUGGUGUUCGUGGAGGAUGUCAAGAACGUCCCCGUGGGAAAGGUGCUGAAGGUGGAUGGGGCAUAUGUUGCUGUGAAGUUUCCCGGGACGUCGAGCAGCGUGAGCAGCCAGAGCGUCGUUCCCUCCGACUCAGACCCGUCCUCUCUGCUGCAGGACUGCAGGCUCCUCAGAAUAGACGAGUUACAGGUUGUUAAAACAGGCGGCACACCUAAAGUUCCCGAUUGCUUUCAGCGCACCCCGAAAAAACUCUGCAUCCCAGAGAAAGCCGAGAUCCUGGCUGUGAACGUCGACUCCAAAGGAGUCCAUGCCGUGUUGAAGACGGGGAACUGGGUGCGGUAUUGCAUCUUUGACCUGGCCACCGGCAAGGCGGAGCAGGAGAACAACUUCCCCACCAGUAACCUGGCCUUCCUGGGGCAGAGCGAGCGCAACGUGGCCGUGUUCACCGCGGGCCAGGAGUCUCCCAUCAUCCUGAGGGAUGGCAACGGCACCAUUUACCCAAUGGCCAAAGACUGCAUGGGCGGGAUCCGAGACCCCGAUUGGCUGGACCUUCCGCCCAUCGCCAGCCUGGGCAUGGGCGUGCACUCCUUGGCCAACCUGCCCUCCAACUCCACCAUCAAGAAGAAGGCUGCUAUCAUCAUCAUGGCGGUCGAGAAGCAGACGCUGAUGCAGCACGUGCUGCGCUGCGACUACGAGGCCUGCCGCCAGUACCUGGUCAACCUGGAGCAGGCCUUCCUGCUGGACCAGGGGGGCCAGGCCCUGGGCGCCCUGCUGGGGCACCGCUGCGACGGCAACCGCAACGUCCUCCACGCCUGCGUCUCCGUCUGUUUCCCCGUCAGCAACAAGGAGACCAAGGAAGAGGAAGAAGCUGAACGGUCCGAGAGGAACACGUUUGCGGAGCGCCUGUCGGCCGUGGAGGCCAUCGCCAACGCCAUCUCCGUGGUCUCCAGCAACAGCUCUGGGAACCGCACAGGCUCCUCCAGCAGCAGAGGGCUACGUCUCAGAGAGAUGAUGAGGCGUUCUCUGAGAGCCGCAGGACUCGGACGCCACGAGUCUGGGCCCUCGUCCAGCGACCACCAGGACCCCGUGUCUCCGCCCAUAGCCCCGCCCAGCUGGGUGCCUGACCCCCCUCCUAUGGACCCAGAUGGUGACAUUGACUUCAUCCUGGCCCCAGCUGUGGGCUCCCUCACCACUGCCUCCACCGGGACCAGCCUAGGACCCAGCACCUCCACCAUACCAGGCCCAUCCUCGGAGCCGUCUGUGGUGGAGUCUAAGGACCGCAAGGCCAACGCCCACCUCAUCCUCAAGCUGAUGUGUGACAGCGUGGUCCUGAGGCCACACCUCCGCCAGCUGCUCUCCGCCAAGGAUGCCCGUGGAAUGACCCCCUUCAUGCUGGCGGUCAGCGGGAGGGCAUACCCUGCCGCCAUCACGGUUUUGGAGGCGGCACAAAAGAUGGCCAAGGUGGGUGACCCUGGCAUACUGGAGAAGGAGGAUGCAGACUCUGUGUUUAUGGAGAUGAUCUGCCCCUCUGGGACCAACCCCGACGACUCUCCUCUCUACGUCCUCUGCUGCAACGACACCUGCAGCUUCACCUGGACCGGCGCCGAGCACAUCAACCAGGACAUCUUUGAGUGCCGGACCUGCGGCUUGCUGGAGUCCCUGUGCUGCUGUACAGAGUGUGCCAGGGUCUGUCACAAGGGACACGACUGCAAGCUGAAGAGGACAUCCCCCACAGCCUACUGUGACUGCUGGGAGAAGUGUAAGUGUAAGACCCUGAUCGCUGGCCAGAAGGCUGCCCGCCUGGACCUGCUCUACCGGCUCCUCACCACCACCAACCUGGUCACCACGCCCAACAGCAGGGGGGAGCACAUCCUCCUCUUCCUGGUCCAGACUGUUGCUAGGCAGAGUGUGGAACACUGCCAGUACCGGCCUCCGCGAAUCAGAGAGGACCGGAACCGCAAGGCAGCCAAUGCCGAAGACUCUGACAUGCCCGACCAUGACCUGGAACCUCCCCGCUUCGCCCAGCUGGCCCUGGAGAGGGUUCUGCAGGACUGGAACGCCCUCAAGUCCAUGAUCAUGUUUGGCUCCCAGGAGAACAAAGACCCUCUGAGUGCCAGCAGCAGGACUGCCCACCUCCUGCCAGAGGAGCAGGUGUACCUGAACCAGCAGAGCGGCACCAUCCGUCUGGACUGCUUCACGCACUGCCUCAUUGUCAAGUGUGCCCCUGACAUCACCUUCAUAGACACCCUGCUGGGGACCCUGGUGAAGGAGCUGCAGAACAAGUACACGGCCGGACGCAGGGAUGAGGCCAUCGUGGUCACCCGCAGGUUCCUGCGCUCCGUGGCCCGGGUCUUCGUCAUCCUCAGCGUGGAGAUGGCCUCGUCCAAAAAGAAAAAUAACUUCAUCCCCCAGCCCAUUGGGAAGUGCCGGCGUGUGUUCCAGGCCCUGCUGCCCUACGCCGUGGAGGAGCUCUGCAACGUGGCCGAGUCUCUGAUCGUGCCCGUGCGCAUGGGCGUGGCCCGGCCCACCGCCCCCUUCACCCUGGCCAGCACCAGCAUCGACGCCGUGCAGGGCAGCGAGGAGCUCUUCUCCGUGGAGCCCCUGCCCCCCCGGCCCUCCCCGGACCAGUCCAGCAAUUCUAGUCAGACAGCAUCUUCCUACAUCAUCAGAAACCCUCAGCCCCGCCGCAGCAGCCAAUCCCAGCCGGCCAGGGGGCGGGACGAGGAGCAGGACGACAUUGUGUCCGCAGACGUGGAGGAGAGCUAUGGGUCACCGGUGUGUCUGUGUGUCUGUCAGGUGGAGGUGGUCGAAGGGGUGGCGGGGGAGGAGGAUCACCACGACGACCAGGAGGAGCAGGGGGAGGAGAACGCCGAGGCGGAGGGGCAGCAUGACGAGCACGACGAAGAUGGGAGCGACAUGGAGCUGGACCUGCUCGCAGCCGCCGAGACGGAGAGCGACAGCGAGAGUAACCAUAGCAACCAGGACAACGCCAGCGGGCGCAGGAGUGUGGUCACCGCGGCAACGGCCGGCUCCGAAGCAGGAAGUAGGGUCUCCCUGGCAUUUCCUAUGUUUGGCGCCAGCAGCGUCCCCGCCUUCUUCUCCGAGGACGACUCCCAGUCCAACGACUCGAGCGACUCGGACAGCAGCAGCAGCCAGAGCGACGACGUGGAAAACGAGACCUUCCUGAUCGACGAGCCGCUGGAGCGGACCACCAGCUCCUCCCACGCCAACAGCGCCGCCCAGGCGCCGCGCUCCAUGCAGUGGGCCGUGAGGAACACCCCCAGCCAGAGGGCCACAGGCAGCACCCCCCCCAGCACCUCCACGCCUGCCGCGAGCUCCACAGGGCUGAUCUACAUCGACCCGUCCAACCUGCGGCGGAGCUCGGCCAUCAGCUCGUCGGCGGCGGCGGCUGCGGCCGCCCUGGAGGCGAGCAACUCCAGCAGCUACCUGACCUCGGCCAGCAGCCUGGCCCGCGCCUACAGCAUCGUCAUCCGCCAGAUCUCCGACCUCAUGAGUCUCAUCCCCAAGUACAACCACCUGGUGUACUCCCAGUACCCUGCCGCCGUCAAGCUCACCUACCAGGACGCCGUCAACCUGCAGAAUUUCGUGGAAGACAAGCUGAUCCCCACCUGGAACUGGAUGGUGUCCAUCAUGGACUCCACCGAGGCCCAGCUGCGCUACGGCUCGGCGCUGUCGUCCGCCGGCGACCCGGGCCACCCCUCCCACCCGCUCCACGCCUCGCAGCACUCGGCCCGCAGGGAGCGCAUGACGGCCCGCGAGGAGGCCACCCUGCGCACGCUGGAGGGACGCAGGCGAGCGGCCACCCUGCUGACGGCGCGCCAGGGGAUGAUGUCGGCGCGCGGGGACUUCCUGAACUACGCCCUGUCCCUGAUGCGCUCGCACAACGACGAGCACUCGGACGUGCUGCCCGUGCUGGACGUGUGCUCGCUCAAGCACGUGGCCUACGUCUUCCAGGCGCUCAUCUACUGGAUCAAGGCCAUGAACCAGCAGACCACCCUGGACACGCCCCAGAUAGACCGGAAGAGAAACCGGGAGAUUCUGGAGUUGGGUUUGGACAACGAGGAUUCCGAGCACGAGAAUGACGAGGACACCAAUCAGAUGUUAGGGGUUCUGGCCUGUCAGGAAAGACACGGAAGAAAGACAGUUAGACUGAGACGAGGCAGGAAGAAGAAAGCAUCUCCUAAAGGCUCCACCCUCCAAGACAAAGACGAGGACCCGGUCCCGGCAGAGACGGGUCAGAACCACCCGUUCUUCCGCCGCUCCGACUCCAUGACCUUCCUGGGCUGCAUCCCCCCCAACCCCUUCGAGGUCCCCCUGGCCGAGGCCAUCCCCCUGGCCGACCAGCCGCACCUCCUGCAGCCCAAUGCCAGGAAGGAGGAUCUGUUUGGCCGCCCCAGUCAGGGCCUGUACUCCUCCUCCUCCUCUUACAUGGCCAGUAAGGGCCUGGCCGAGGCCAGCAUGGACAGGAACUGCCUGGAGGUAAACAUGGGCUCCUCUCUCCCCUCCUCUCAGAUCCUGCCCACCAAGAUGUCCUACUCUGCCAAUUUGAAGAACGUGAUGAGCAUGGCGAGCGCCCAGCGCGGCGCCGAGGACCAGCCCAUGGCAGAGCAGGAGAUGGAGGCCCCGAAGCCCGGCCCCUCCCCCCACGACCUGGCCGCCCAGCUCAAGAGCAGCCUGUUGGCUGAGAUUGGCCUGACCGAGAGCGAUGGACCGCCCCUCCCCUCUUUCAGGCCCCACUGUAGCUUCAUGGGGAUGGUGAUCUCCCAUGACAUGCUCCUGGGCCGCUGGCGUCUGUCUCUGGAGCUGUUCGGUCGCGUCUUCAUGGAGGACGUCGGCGCCGAGCCUGGAUCGAUCCUGACGGAGCUGGGCGGCUUCGAGGUGAAGGAGUCCAAGUUCCGCCGCGAGAUGGAGAAGCUGCGGAACCUGCAGUCCCGCGACCUGGCCCUGGAGGUGGACCGCGACCGCGACCAGCUCAUCCAGCAGACCAUGCGGCAGCUCAACACCCACUUCGGCCGCCGGUGCACCACCACGCCCAUGGCGGUGCACCGCGUCAAGGUCACCUUCAAGGACGAGCCGGGCGAGGGCAGCGGCGUGGCGCGGAGCUUCUACACGGCCAUCGCCCUGGCCUUCCUGUCCAACGACAAGCUGCCCAACCUGGACUGUGUGCAGAGCGCCAGCAAGGGCAUGCAGGCCAGCAGUACGUGUCAUCACGAUUACAACUCAAAUCUGAUGCAGCGUCUGAGGAACAGGGACCGGGAGAGGGAGAGGAGGAGCGGUGGGCUGAGGGCAGGCUCCAGGAGAGACAGAGACAGGGACUCCAGGAGGCAGCUGUCCAUCGACACUCGGCCCUUCAGGCCGGCUUCCGAGGGGAACCCCAGCGACGAGCCCGACCCCCUGCCUGCCCACAGACAGGCCCUGGGGGAGAGGCUGUACCCCCGCGUCCACGCCAUGCAGCCGGCGUUUGCCAGUAAGAUCACGGGGAUGCUGCUGGAGCUGUCCCCUGCCCAGCUGCUGCUGCUGCUGGCCAGCGAGGACUCCCUCAGGGCCCGCGUGGAGGAGGCCAUGGAGCUGCUCAUUGCUCACGGAAGGGAAAACGGAGCAGACAGCAUACUGGAUCUGGGGCUGCUGGAGGCCCCUGAGAAAGCACAACAGGCAGAGAACCGCAAGCGCCACGGUUCCACCCGCAGUGUUGUCGACAUGGAGAUGGACGACCCUGACGACGGCGACGACAACGCCCCCCUGUUCUACCAGCCCGGCAAGAGAGGGUUCUACUGCCCCAGGCCCGGCAAGAACACCGAGGCCCGCCUCAACUGCUUCCGGAACAUCGGCAGGAUACUGGGCCUGUGUCUGCUGCAGAACGAGCUGUGCCCCAUCACCCUGAACAGACACGUCAUCAAAGUGCUGCUGGGCAGGAAGGUGAACUGGCAUGACUUUGCCUUCUUCGACCCGGUGAUGUACGAGAGCCUGCGUCAGCUGAUCCGUCACUCGCAGGCCGGCGAGGCGGAGGCCGUCUUUGCCGCCAUGGACCUGGCGUUCGCCAUCGACCUCUGCAAGGAGGAAGGGGCGGGGCAGGUGGAGCUGCUGGCUGGUGGGGUGAACAUGCCUGUGACCCCUCUUAACGUUUAUGAAUACGUGAGGAAGUACGCCGAACACAGAAUGCUGGUUGUUGCCGAGCAACCUCUUCAUGCAAUGAGGAAGGGUCUGCUGGAUGUGCUUCCCAAGAACUCCCUGGAGGACCUGACAGCCGAGGACUUCAGGCUGCUGGUCAAUGGCUGUGGAGAGGUCAAUGUGCAGAUGCUCAUCAGCUUCACGUCCUUCAAUGACGAAUCUGGGGAGAAUGCAGACAAGCUGCUGCAGUUCAAGCGUUGGUUCUGGUCCAUCGUGGAGAAGAUGAGCAUGACAGAGAGGCAAGAUCUGGUGUACUUCUGGACCUCCAGCCCGUCUCUGCCGGCCAGUGAGGAGGGCUUCCAGCCCAUGCCCUCCAUCACCAUCCGGCCCCCGGACGACCAGCACCUGCCCACCGCCAACACCUGCAUCUCGCGCCUUUACGUGCCUCUCUACUCCUCCAAACAGAUCCUGAAACAGAAACUCUUGCUAGCCAUUAAGACCAAGAACUUUGGUUUUGUUUAGAGAAGUUGACAAAAACAUGUUUACCGUUGUGUAAUAUUUACCUAGUUCCAUUUUUGUAGAUUUAUUUUUUGUCUAUACAAUUUUAUUAAAUUCAACAUGCUGUCACUCCCCUGGCGGUAACUUUGUUUGUGUUGUGAACACAGACAGCUUGUUCUUAUUUUUUAUUUUGUGUUCUGAAGAAAUAUACAGUACAUUCCUGCAUUGGCUUUGUAAAGUUGAAGCCCUCAGCUCUCCUCUAUUGGCUUAAACCUUUACUUCCCAGGAAUUUGGCUUUGACAGCAAACUGUCAGCCGAAACCCAGCCAAAGAUGACAGCAGUAGAAGUAUUUAAAGUAAAAAAUAAAAAUAAAAAAAGACACUGUGAUUAUUAUUUUUUUCCUGCCCUAAACGGAAUACUUACUAUCACUGACAGUUCACCUCUGCCUUGGUGGAAAGUCAUUUUUUCUUGUAUAGGGGGAGUAGGGAAUUUCAAAAUAAACUUGGAUGCAAGCUA